AUGGGGCUGCCAAAGGUGCGUGGAGGUUUGGGAUUCAAAGAUUUCUAUUGCUUCAAUAAAGCUCUUUUGGCAAAACAGAUUUGGCUUUUGUGGAAGACACCUAAAAGCUUAAUUGCAAGAAUUAUGAAAGCUAAAUACAAUCCAGAUGCUUCAGUUCUUGAGGCUCCCCUUGGAAAAACACCGUCCUUUGCUUGGAGAAGCAUACAAAGUUCUAUUGGUUUAAUUGGAGAGGGUCUAAUUUGGAGGAUGGGAAUGGAAAUACAGCUCGGUUCUUCAAGGAGUCGCGACAGUGAGCUUUGGCACUUUCUAUGGAAUCUUCCUAUUCCUAAUGCGGAGAAGCAUUUUUUCUGGCGUGCAUGCCAUGAAAUCCUCCCAACUCGUGAUAACCUUUGGCGCCGAAAGGUGAUCGAUGAUCCUAGAUGUCCGAUUUGUGAGUCUAAGGAGGAGUCCACUUUUCAUAUUUUGUGGCAGUGCCAAUCGGCAAAGGAUGUCUGGGGUGUUGGAAAUUUGAAAUUCCAAAAGAGUGUGUUUGUGGGACCAAGUUUCAUCCAGGCAGAUGCUGGGUUGGAGGCCUUCGAACGAGCACAAGCAGUAACAUCUCAGGCAAGCUCUCUACAUGAUUCACAUGCUCCCCACAAAUGGAGGGCACCUUCCCAUGGAUGGCUUAAGGCGAACUGGGAUGCAACAGUGGGGAGGAAGAAUGGGAGGCUAGGGGUGGGUAUAGUCAUUCGUGACCAUCGUGGAGAGAUGUGUGCCACAAAGAGUUGGACCCAAUCUGGACUUUUGGAUCCCACUGCAAUGGAGGCUAUGGCUACUUUCGUGGCAGUUCAAAUGUGUAAAGCAUUGGGAUUACAGCAUGUUCAAUUGGAAGGUGACGCACAUAAUGUGGUUGAAGCUGUGAAUAAUACUGAACCAAAUGGGAGUUGUUGGGGACAUCUUGUGGCCGAUAUUCCCUCGGUAUUACAUGCAGUUCAGCAUUGGGAGAUGAAGCACGUCCCAAGGGAAGCCCAUCAGGGGGCUCAUGUUCUCGCCAAACUAGCCACAACCAAUGAUAUGGAUUGUGAGUGGUUUUUUGCACCACCAGAUUGUAUUAGAGUUAUUUUAACGGCAGAGCAAUCUGCUCUGAUUCCGUUGACUUGA